CAGAUCGAACACGAGACGAUCACGAGAGAGAUCGAGUAGGGGAGGGGGCACGGGUGGUGGCAGCUAGCUAGCUGGAGACAAUGGCGAAGCGGUGCGGCCUUGGCUCCGUUGCGACUUCUUCCCUAGUCCUGCUCUGCCUCGCCAUGGCGCACGCCGCCGCCGCGGCCAGGGCCGUGCCCGGCGGCGGCGGCGGCGGUUCGACGACGACGGCAUCCCUUCCGGCGGCUGCGGCUGCUGCUGACGCCAAGAACGGCGCCGGGGCGGGCGUGGCGGACAAGAAGAACCUCUUCGUGGGCGUCGGCGGCAUGGGGGACCUCCCGGGCUUCCCGGCCGUGGGCGGCGGCUACGGCGGGGGGUUCGGCAACAACGGCGGCGCCGUCUUUAGCGGCAUCACCGGCCCGCUCGGCGGCGUCGGGGGCGGCAUGGGCAGCGUCGGCCCGCUCGGAGGAGGGUUCGGCGGCGGCGGCGGCGGCACCCCGUUCGGCGGUUUCGGGGGCGGCGGCGGCGUCCCGUUCGGUGGGUUCGGUGGCGGCGGCGUCACGCCUUGAGCCGUGUACGCGCCAGCACACGUACGCUGCAUGCAUGCAUGCAUGUAUCGAUCACGUGUAGUACGUAGUACGUAGUAUUAUCUUUUGCUUAUGUGUGUGUCCAGGAGUGAGCAGUGAGGCUGAGUCUGUGUAAAAGUUUGGGUUUUGUGGCCUGAUGAUGGCAUGGCAAGACGCUAGCUCUGAGUCGAGUUUGCUGGGAGCUUCCGGUUGUGUUACUCGUAGGUUUGUUAGAACGAGACGAGCAAGUAGGCUGUGUGUUGCGUGGUUACGUCCACGUGCAUGAAUCACUAGUUAAUGGUAUGAUGAAUAAUGUCGUGCGUGUAAAAUGUUCUCUAAUGGAAUGGCUACUUUGCAUC